GCAAAUAGUGUAUGCGGAUCAGAUGCAUUUUCCUCCCAGCAUUAUAUUGGGAGAUUGCAGCCCCUCCCAACCUCUUGCGCUCUUGCUUUUUAAUUUUAUCCGUGUGCCCAAUUUUGGAGCCAGCCCUUCUGAAUCUCUUGGCCAAUCAAGAGACCACACAUUGUUGCCUAAGAGACCCCGGAUGCCAGCGAAAGGAUUUAUAGAUGGUGAUUGGACUACUGACUGGAAAGAAGGGUGGGGGCUGGACAGAGUCAAAGGAAAAGCUGCCAUGGCAACACCAGAGCUUGAGGCUUGAAGAAGGAGAUGAGCUAAAGAGGUAUGGUUUUUCUUAUGGAAAGUAUUCAGUUAUUUCAUGAUGGCAUUUGCACCUCCAAAAAGCAUAGAUGGCCCCAAAAUGCAGACAAAGAUGAGUACCUGGACACCCCUAAACCAUCAGCUUUUGAAUGACCGGGUAUUUGAAGAAAGAAGAGCUCUGCUUGGAAAAUGGUUUGACAAAUGGACAGACUCUCAACGGAGAAGAAUCUUGACAGGCCUGUUAGAACGUUGCUCCCUGGCACAGCAAAAGUUCUGCUGUCGAAAGCUUCAGGAAAAAAUUCCAGCAGAAGCUCUGGAUUUUACUACCAAGCUUCCAAGGGUGUUAUCUUUAUAUAUCUUUUCUUUCUUGGACCCCCGAAGCCUUUGUCGUUGUGCACAGGUGAGCUGGCACUGGAAGAACCUAACUGAGCUGGAUCAGCUCUGGAUGCUCAAAUGUUUACGAUUUAACUGGUACAUCAAUUUCUCUCCAACUCCCUUUGAGCAGGGUAUAUGGAAGAAGCACUACAUUCAAAUGGUAAAAGAACUUCAUGUUACCAAGCCUAAGACACCUCCAAAAGACAGGUUUGUGGUUGCUGACAUUCAACCAGUUACAAGCAGUUCUCCAGAGGAAAAGCAGUUUCCAGCAUCCGCUUUCCGGUCCUCUUCCUCUUUGAGAAAGAAGACUCAGGGGGAGAAAGAACUCCCACCCUGGCGAUCCUCUGACAAACAUCCAACUGAUAUCAUUCGCUUCAAUUACCUGGACAACUGUGAUCCCAUUGUGCAAAUCUGGCAAGGAAGGAGGAAAAGACAUGAAAUGAACCCAGAUUUCAGCCGACAGUCACAUGAUAAGAAAAAUAAAUUGCAGGAUAGAUCUAAACUAAGGAAAGCACAGUCACUGAUAUCCCUGAGUGCAGAACCCAGCCCCGCUCUACAAGUUCCUGCUCAUCUCGCCUGGUCUCCUCAUGGGUGGGCAGGGCUCCCAGCCACCGAAGCAGCAACAAAAAUCCUCACACAGCAUCUCCAGAGGCACUCUGGGCUUCAGGCAAUACCCAUCCAGGCUCCAGAUCCAGAGUCAGUUUAAACCUGUGAAAGGAUUUCGAUAGAAAUGACAAGGUGCUCUACACAUUGGAGAGUUGGAUAUUACUUGGCUCAUCUAUUAGAAACUUUCUGCUUAGGUACCUUCUUGGGAUAGCGAAUUCUACAGUAUUUCAGUGAAAGGUAUUCAUGGCAUAAGUGCUGACAUAUUUACAAACUUAGAUAUAAAUGUGAUGAUAGAUACCAUGCGGUUGAUAAAGGGACACAGGUUAGCAGGGAUGGCCUGCUUUUGAAGAGGCAAAAGGGAAAGGGCCUGUUGUUCUAGAACCCAGGAAGAGCUGUAGCCACAGGAGAGGGGUCAUCCAACGGGAUGUAUUCUGUGUGGUGCUUCAGAAACCAAGGCCUAGUGGGGAAGGAAGAGGGAGAAGACCCAACCCCUCUCACUCCCUGGCCCUCGACACUCUGACAGUGCUUGGCUUUGGUCAAACCUAUCUGGAAGUCAGAGAACAAAGAAGCCUGGGGAGAAAUGUGGCCAGGAGUGGGUCGGAGGGGUGUUUCCCAAGAAGGAAUUACAUUUCCCAAGAAGGAAUUAUAACUGAUAGUCAAGCAACGUAAGUGGGCUCGAAAGAGUAAUUUGGAAAACAGAAAAUGUUACUUAGCUGCAAAAGUAUUAGUCAUACAUUCUAAACUAAACCACCUACUCAUGUACCAUUUCAAGGUCCCAGAAGUUACCAUUCUAAGAUACUAAUUUACCUAAGUAAAGCAGAAUGAUAGAAAAAUAAAUGUUUGUCAAUCGUGCAA